UUCCUGCUUCCGCACUGCUCAAAGCACGGCCCAUCGCCAUUUCUUCUCUCAAAACCCUUAAACAAAUUUCCUGCUUCACUGACUUGACAGAAAAUAAUAGUUACUUUUUCUGGAUUGAGAAAUUAGCAGAUAUUAUGCAGUGUCAUUUGAUACCUCAGGGACUUAUCUUCAAGAAAAUGCCGUUUUCCAUGGAGCUACCCAUUUUUUCAAGCACCCACUCCCCAGCCUCUCGUGUCUCGUUGCGUCCCUUUGUUUCAACAUGUGUUCUGUACAGUUCAUUUCUCCGUUACAAAAAGUUUGGGGAGAAAUUGAGUUGUAGUUCCAGGCCUCCUCUUCGAAUUUCGAUGUGUGUAUUGAAGGAUUGUUGUUCGUUGAGUGGGGAUUUGAAAGGGGAUCGUGAGGUUGUGGAAGUGAUAGGCAUUGGCAGUCGAAAAGAUGCUGUUAUUGACUUCUGCUUGAAUUCGAAUUUUCAGUCGGCUUCUUUGCGGUUUUGGAAUAUUUUGGUGAAAGAUUCUCUUCGUGUGGAGUUACAUCAAAGGUUAAACGGGAAAGAUGUUACAGCUAAGAUCGUGGAACCUUCACAUUUUAUACAGUCAUGCUCAAAGACUGUUAUCCUUGUGGCUAGUGCAGGAUAUGAUUUGGAUCACAGUGCAGCAAUCGAUAUUCUUAAAACAGUAAGGUCUGCAAAUGGACUUGUUGUUGCUAUUGUUUUGAAGCCUUUCAGCUUUGAAGGGCGUAGGCGCCUUGACGAGGUCAAAGAUUUGGCUGGCAAACUUCAGGAUCACAUAAAUUUUUGUAUUGAUGUAGAUACUGACAAACUACUUAAAAAGGAUUUAGUGACUCUGGAUGAGGCUCUGAGAACUGCAAAUAAUGCUGUCUUGUUGGCAAUAAAUGCCGUCGCAGUUCUCCCAUCUGGAGUUCAAAAACAAUUUUUGGAUGCGAACAACAAUUUUAAGGAGCUUAAAAUUUCAGACAUUGUAAAAAUUUUGGAGGGCUAUAAAGAAGCAAAAGUUGGAUUUGGAGUUGGUCACGACAUUAAAGCAUCAAUUUUACAAGCUAUAUAUGACUGUCCCUUUAUUGGUGCUGGUAUAAAGGAUUUAAAUGGAAUAAUAAUAUGUAUUUUUGCAAGUCCAAAUCUUGUCGAGAACAAUAAUGCACAAGCUGUUUUGGAAACUUUUCGUCGAAUCACAGAUUACAAAGGGCAAAUCAUAAUAUCCACAAUUCAUGAACCAAAUCUGGAGCCGAAUGAGCUCAUAACAACAGUUGUUAUUCUAAGUUCCAGUUGUCUUCAGCAAGAACCGCCUCAGGAAGGCAGAAUUUUGUCAAGACUGGCCCGGCAUUUUCCUUUUUUUUUUAACCUUUUAAGGAGAUAUCACCCACAACCAAAUGCCAGUAAAGGAAACAACAUGCCCAAAGAUGUGUACCCUUCUGCAAUGAUAAAUUCUAAAAAGUCUAGUGAAGUGGAAAGUAGAAUAGAUUUGGAAGGUAUUGCUGAAAGCUUUAACAAUUACUCUGAAGAACUCCAGGCAGUAUCUAGUGACAGCUAUAGUGAUGACUAUGCUUCAAGUGAAGCGGAUCAAAGUGAGGUUGGAUUGCUAGAGAGCAUGAAGGAAUCCUUCAAUUUCUAUGAUGAAAUUACAGAAGGAUCUCCUGCUUUCUUAAGGGAACAAGCCAUUAGUUGGAACCUGGGGCCAGGGGAUGAGAUUGCACAGCAAUGGGCCAAGAAAAGAGAAGCCGAAUCAGGGGAUUCUCCAGCUCUUGACAGCCUGAGCAUAUUCAGUCUUCCUGUUGGUGUCAGACCUUCAGAAGAGUUGAAAGAUGGUUUCCGUAUUUUUGCACAAUGCCUAGAGCCAAUAACUGAGGAUGAUGUAAAAGCACAACGGCUUGUAAAUUCAAAUAAAGCUAUGAAGGAUGUAUAUGAUACUGCAUCUACAUUAUUGAAAGGAAAAUAUGCUGAUACUCCUAAGAAGCAAGGAAACCUUUCUGUUCGUGCAGCAUCUAUGCUAGUAAGAUGUGCCUCACAUUCCUUUUAGUAAAGGCUUCUUGUUUUUUGGGCUUGUCCUAUGCAAAGGAUGUAUAUGAUACCAUCUACAUUAUUGAAAGGAAAAUAUGCAGAUAUUCCUAAGGAAACCUUUCUGUUAGUGCAGCAUCUAUGCUAGUAAGAUGUGCCUCACAUUCCUUUUAGUAAAGGCUUCCUCUUUUUUGGGUUAGUCCUAUACAUAAGGCCUUGCAAAUUUAGGAAUAGAACUCUAACCUGAGGUUCUGAUAGGAACCACUUUUGCAACUGGGCUCUACACGCUUGGGCAAGAACAUGCUUUUAUUACAUGGUUUUCCUUA